AUGCACGGUCCGCUCGCCGGCGUCGGACGGGGUCCUCCCGCCGGAGUCGGACGGGGUCCUCCCGCCGGAGUCGGACGGGGUCCUCCCGCCGGAGUCGUGCGGGGUCCUCCCGCCGGAGUAGUGCGGGGUCCUCCUGCCGGCGUCGGACGGGGCCCGCCCGCUGGCUGUGAUGAUUUGGUGCUGGCCGUGCUGGUGAUUUGGCGGUGGUGGCGACGCCGGUAA